UGAAGAAUAAUUUGGUAUGCGCUUUUAUUGCAAUUGCAUGAAAACAGAUAUUAUUGUGGAUAACACAAUUUCUUUUUAUUCGAUAAAUUGUAUCACACCUUUGCUUUUUUAACUGAAAAUUACAGCGAUUGCAAUGAAUAUAUUUAACACUCGGCGGUUGUUGUUUUUCAUCUGGAUUAGCAGCCAUCAGUCAGUGAUGCAGUGCUUUGAGUUGGGCAAGUGGUUUUCGAUUCCUGAGUUCCAAGGAUACCAGUACACUGUAACCAAUGAGAAUGAGACAUAUGAAGAAUGCAAGAAGAACUGCUUUGAUAAAUACAACGGAUCUCUUGCUAAUCAACAAGCCGAUUUUGUGCAAAAUUUAAAAACGGCUUUCAAGAUGUUCCAUCUGAUGAAACAUGAAGUAUAUGUUGCGUGGACAGAAGCUAACCAAACAUGUGGACACAUUACAGUAACACAAACUGAGGUAUCCUUAUUACCAACUGAAAACUGCUCGAGUCCGGCACACUGCCUCUGUGAACAAUUGUUUCCAAAUACAGAGUUGGAAAAGUGGUUCUCGGUACCCAAGUUCCAAGAAUACCAGUUCAUAGUAACCAAAGCAAAUGGGACAUAUGAAGAGUGCAAAAAGACAUGCAUCAGUAAAUACAACGGAUCUCUUGCUAAGCAAAGAGACAAUUUUUUACCAAACUUGAAAACCGCUCUGUUGGCAACUCGCAUGCAUUUUUUCGCGUGGACAGAAGCCGAAGAAACAUGUGGAAUGAUUAUCGCAAUACCAACUAACGUAUGGGCGUUUAGGAAUGCUAGCUGCUCCUCACCGGCAAACUGCCUUUGCGAACAAUUAAUAACAAGCACAGAGUCACUGCCAGGAUCAACACUGCCCGACUUGAAUCAGAGCACAUGGAUUCUGGACAAUCUCAACGAGUAUUUCGUCAGCUACUACAAGUCCACACUCUUCCAAGCACGUGCAUUCUGCAAGACGUUGAACGCGACACUCGUGGCUUUUAGAGAUGUUGCUCAGUACUUGAAGCUAAGCGGCAGAAUCCAACUCCAUGCGGCUGAAUAUUGGGUCGAUGACGCCAUGCCUGUUAACAACUCUACGUGUCUGAAGUUGAACACCUUUAAAGGCAUUCUACAGUCACGUGACUGCAGUGAACUGGCAUACAGUAUCUGUAACAGAUUUGCAUUCCAAUACAACAUUUCACAGGUUCUGGAGCGACCAGCGUUUGUUCAGAUGAUUCGAGAGAUGACAGUAGUAAAAAACUCGACGUCAAUGGCAGCGAGGAAACUGACGUCUGCUGAAGACAAGAGGACCGUUGCUAAGGUCAGCGGAACUGUCGCCAUUUGCAUGAUGGCGGGAACAUUUUUCAUUAUCUUCUUGAGCGAUUUCUCGAGGAUUCUGAGAACAGUUUUUAAUUAGAAAUACAAAACAGACACAAAUUAUUUCCGAAGAGAAAGCUUCAUUUUCUGAUUACAUGACUGGUAGAUAUUAAAUAUUAUAAACACAAGAUUAGUAAAUAAAACAAUGCUGCCACAAUGCUUUAUCCAUGUAUUACUUGCUAUGCAUUUUUAUAUGUCUAGCCCAUGCCUUUUUAGUCCAGUGGCUUCUAAAACAUUAAUAGCAAAGGCGGAGUCACGUUGUGAUGAUGUAUAAUUCAUUUACUCUUUGAAAUGUAUUGAUAAAUGCGUUAAAUUAUAUGAAGGCACGUUGUGGACUUAAUCUUCGAUAAGCCCAAAGCGUUCUUCAGAGGUUCCUGGUAGCGAUACUAAUAAACAGUGCUACAUAUACUCUGAAAUCCGGAAAAGCACUGGAUAUUUCCCAUAGCAAAGUCAAAGUUGACACUGAUUUCGUACAAUAAUAUUCAUUAAUCAAUGAUUAAAAAUAAUGUAUUUACUAUACAUCCCCAUUCUGUUUUCUUUCUUUGCUCAUGUAAAAAUCAAGCUGGCAUACAUGUUUUCGUCGCAUAUAUAUGCAUAAAAUAUAAACAUUUAUAACUAA